AUGGCGGGCGCUUCACAUGCACCUACCGGCCGCCUAGACAAUUCUGACCAGGGCCUCCGAGACAAUCAUCCACUUUCCGACUCCUCGGCUCCGGGAAGCUUCCCACCACCAACACUGCCGUACGCUCCCUUCCGCCCCCGCCCUCGCUACACCCUCCGGCACUACUCCUCCGGCAAACUUUGGCGCGCUCCGGUGCGAUACCCUAUCAACCUCAACCUUAACGUCACAACCUCACCCAAGUUUGAGGUUACGAAAUUUGGGGUCCACGGUCGUACGUCCAACAUAGAUGGCUCGCUCUCCCAUCACCUCCCAUAG